AUGGCUUCCCCAACGCCUUUUAUCCUACCAACGCUACCAGAAGAAGUGCGCGAAGCAAUCUACGCACAUCUGGAAAGCGGCGAUGUCAAGAAUCUACGCGCAACAUGUUCGGCAAUGGCAAAGCUCAUCCCCUUGAGCUUUGACCGCGUUUAUAUCUCAGCCAACUCUACCAAUCUUAAAGUGUUCCGCGCAAUUGCAGAUGAUGAAACCAUCCGCCACCAGGUCACUGAGAUCGUGUGGGACGAUGCACGCUUGACUGCUGGACCAGAAUUGGAAGAAGAUCGGAUGGAAUACGAAGAAGACGGCGUCGACCCAGAUGAUGUCGUGACCAACAAUGGAUGCCCCCUUUGGUUCGAAAAGGGCCGGUCUGAUUAUAGAAAUGAUGGGUCUUACAUUCUUCCUGAUUAUCUCAUGGGUAUUGAAGAGUCCUGGGCGUAUUACAAAGGACUACUCGAAGAUCAGCGCCAGGUUCUCGCGUCUAAUGCCGACAUCAAGGCUUUCAAGUAUGGCCUGCAGCGAUUUCCCUCGCUUAAGCGAGUGACCAUUACACCCUCCACUCAUGGGAGAAUACGAAACCCGCUCUAUAGAACACCUAUGAUCAGAGCAUUUCCUCGUGGUUUCGAUUACCCUUUGCCUAAAGCAUGGCCUUGGUAUACUAAUGAGCUGUCAUCGCCUGUUGAUGUGCUCCCGUGGGUGUCGGACGACAGUAGUCCCCACCAGGAGAUGUACGGCCCCGAUUGCACUGUUGAGAACUACAGGGCUAAAUGGCGUGGAUAUCGGGUAGUGACUCGAGCCCUGGUUGAGCAUGACGAUCAUUCUAUCACCGAACUGAGCAUCGGGGGUCAUGAAAUUGGAAGUGGACUGAACUGCCGUAUCUUUGAUCAACGCUGCGUCGAGUAUGAUGAUCUAGUCACACUGCUGAAGCGUCCUGGCUUUCGAUAUCUCAGUCUUGAUCUUUUCACGGGUGUUCUCGAGCGCGAGGACUGGGAGUCAUAUAAGAGCGGACUCCUUCACGAUGCUUUAGCUCAAGCAAAGGAUCUUGAGCACAUGUGCUUACGCAGUACCAUGGGGAUCACCGGCGGCUCAAGCGAACAGCUUGAUUGGAAAGAUAUCGAGAAAUAUGCCUUUCCGCUUCGGACUAUCUUUCCUGUUGAUCAGUGGCCACGGCUUCGUCAUUUCGGCAUCUCUAAUAUGCUCGUACAACACGAUGACUUGAUAGAACUUCUUUCCGCUCUGCCACGAACUCUCCGAUCUGUUGAGUUACGCUAUUUGGCAUGGGGAAGUCUGGAUCAUGGAACUAGGGAGCUGCUGCCUAGUAUGCGCGAUGUCCUUGACUGGCGAUCGAGGCCAGUCGAAGAAAGACCCACGGUCCACAUGAUCGUUUCUGGGAUGCCAUAUGGCCAAGGAGAUGCGCGCGGAUGGUAUGUCGAGAUUGAUGAGCUUGUCCAAUCGGUUUUGUACGGAGAAGGGGGCAAUCCCUUUGUGGAGCAUCCGGACAUCAUAUAUCCUGGCCAAGGUGGCGUUAAGCGGGAUAUAUUUAACCCUACUUUCAAAGUGCCCCAUGUUGAUAAGAAUUUGUGGCUAGUUUAA